AUGAACCCGACACACCUCUCCUCGUCCUCGUCCGCCCGUCAACGCUCGCAGAACCGUCUCUCGAUCCAGUCGAACUUCUCGGGGCUGUCUCACCUGCAUUCACGGCGGGCGUCGAGCUAUUCCGUCCGCUCCCAGGCCGGCGACCAUGCGCAGGCCGCCGGAGCUUCUACCGGCGUAGACAGCAGCCAGACGGCAAUAACGGAGGAGAUCAGUGAGAUAAAACGCUACGAGGACUUUACCACGAUCGACUGGGUGCAGGAUGCUGUCCAGGAACAGACUCGCCGGCGUAUACGGAGGACGGAGGGAGCCCGGUUCUGGGACCAGGAGGGCACAUUUGGAUGGAGACGGAAGCUCGACGAAGCUUACGAUGCGGGCCAGGCAUGGCUUGUGAUGACGAUUGUUGGAGUGGCCAUUGGUCUUAAUGCCGGGUUUUUGAAUAUUGUUACGGAAUGGCUGGCUGACGUGAAGCUGGGAUACUGCACGACCGGGUUUUACCUGAACGAAGCCUUUUGCUGCUGGGGCGCAGAGGAUGGAUGCCCUGAGUGGAAGCGAUGGAGUACUCUCCCACCCAUUAAUUAUAUUGUCCACUUUAUAUUUGCGAUUCUCUUUUCAUUUUGCUCCGCGGGGCUUGUUGAUGCAUUUGCACCCUACGCUGCAGGGUCUGGCAUAUCUGAAAUCAAAGUCAUCAUCGCUGGAUUUAUUAUGAAAGGCUUCCUCGGUGCACGAACGCUGGUGAUAAAGUCACUUGCCCUACCGCUAUCCAUUGGCUCUGGCCUCGCCAUCGGUAAAGAGGGACCUAGUGUUCAUUUCGCCGUCUGUACGGGCAACGUUAUAUCGCGUUGGUUCAGCAAAUAUAAACGAAAUGCUGCCAAAACUAGGGAGGUUCUAACCGCAACCUCUGCCGCCGGUGUCGCAGUGGCUUUCGGAAGCCCCAUUGGUGGAGUGUUAUUUUCUCUCGAGGAAAUGGCCUCGUACUUCCCGCUGAAGACUCUCUGGAGAAGUUACUUCUGUGCCUUGGUCGCAACCGGCGUCCUUGCUAUAAUAAACCCAUUCCGGACGGGACAACUGGUCAUGUUCCAGGUCCAGUACGAUCGAUCGUGGCACUCAUUUGAGAUCAUCUUCUUCAUCAUACUUGGAAUUUUCGGAGGACUGUAUGGCGCCUUUAUUAUGAAGUGGAACCUACGAGCACAGGCGUUCAGGAAGAAAUAUCUUUCGAAACACCCGAUCAUGGAAGCCACGGUCCUCGCAGGCCUAACGGCUUUGGUUUGCUAUCCAAACAUGUUCUUGAGAAUCAAUAUGACCGAGAUGAUGGAGAUACUCUUUCGGGAGUGUGAAGGGCCCCAUGAUUAUAACGGGAUCUGCCAAGCGAAAAAUCGCUGGUCCAUGGUCCUUUCUCUUUUGGCGGCAACCAUUCUACGCAUAUUCUUCGUUAUUAUAUCCUAUGGGUGUAAGGUCCCGGCUGGUAUUUUCGUGCCGUCCAUGGCCGUUGGCGCCUCGUUCGGCAGAAUGGUCGGAAUACUUGUCCAAGCCCUUCACCAGAGGUUCCCAGAUUCGCAAUUCUUUGCGUCCUGCGAACCCGAUGUCCCUUGUAUCACUCCGGGGACGUAUGCCCUUCUUGGUGCUGGUGCUGCAUUGAGCGGAAUAAUGCACCUAACCAUUUCAGUGACGGUUAUUAUGUAUGAGUUAACCGGCGCCUUGACUUAUAUUCUUCCUACAAUGAUUGUCGUCGGAGUAACGAAAGCAGUCAGCGACCAGUUUGGUAAAGGAGGUAUUGCUGAUCGCAUGAUAUGGUUUAAUGGGUUUCCAUUCCUCGACAGCAAGGAGGAACAUAUAUUCAACGUCCCCGUUUCCCAUGCAAUGACUAGCAACCCUGUUGUAUUCCCCGAGGCCGGCCUUUCUAUCAGCAAAGCUGAACAACUUCUACGGAAGCAUAAGUUCCAAGGGUUUCCCGUCGUUGAGGAUUACGACUCAAUGACGCUAGUUGGGUUCAUCGGCCGAACUGAGCUUCAAUAUGCUAUUAGGCGUGCAAAACGAGAGGGACUACUGGCACCAAACGCUAGAUGUCAAUUUGUCCGCCUGUCGACGUCCAUGGGCGGCGGUCCGGCAUCAAGCUCUCAGUCUAGUGACAUAUUUGGACCACCUACACCGUUGUCUUCCUCGCCCCCUCCAGACGGCGAGCGACACAAUACGGGAGCACCGACAACAUUCGAUGAUAUAGCAUCGUCCUCGGGCACCCGGGUAAUCGACUUGAGCCCCUACGUCGACUUGGCUCCAAUAACCGUCCAUCCACGCCUUGCCCUCGAAACUGUAAUGGAAAUCUUCAAGAAGAUGGGCCCACGAGUUAUCCUAGUUGAGCAUCGUGGCCAACUAUCAGGGUUAGUCACCGUAAAGGACUGUCUAAAGUACCAAUUCAAGGUGGAGCAUCAGGAACACGCGGAUGCAAAUGCUGCCGCUGGUGGUGAUCCUACCGCUGGAAUUCACGCAGGGCCGGAGGAAGGGAUCAUAGAGAAGAAGGCGUGGCAACUUAUUCAAUGGGUGACUGGCCACGCAAAGCGGAUAUUCAGGCUAAAGGGAUCUGGUACAGGAUCAGGAGGAUACGCACCAGUUUCUCAAGAGGAAUUGAGAAGGCGUGACUCGACAGAGAUAGUCGAUGGCACUGAAGAGCUCGAUGCUCAUUUUGAAUUAGAAGAGAGAGAUCGUUAG